CGGAGAGCUGAAAGGAGAGCGGCUUGGCCAGACGACGCGACAGGUGCGGCAGCUGCAGCGGGCUGAGGCUAGAAUCUCACAGGCUCUGCGUCAGUCCUGCAGUCCGUUCCAUCUGUCCACGCUUUGACACUUAUGUGUGCGGGUGCUUCAAAAGCAGGUGUUGCUGAACUGGUGGUGGUGGUGGUGUUGUUGUUUUAUUCCAAUUGUUUGACCUGAUCCUUCCAAAUUGCCAUGACAGUGUGUGAAUCAGGAUGACUGUGCCUUUUUCUCCAGCUGUUUAAGGCAGUGUCUAUAAAAGGGCCUUCAUGCCUGGCCCUACCCUGCUUUGGACAUCCUAGAGGAAGCACUCAGUGGACUCCGGGGUGGCAGGAUGAAUGGAGGGGUGGAGCAGGCUGAUAUUCUCACUGUGGCUAUAGUCGUCAAGGAGCGAUGGAAAGUGCUGAAGAAAAUUGGGGGCGGUGGCUUUGGGGAGAUCUACGAGGCCCUGGACUUGCUGACGCGGGUCAACGUGGCGCUGAAGGUUGAGUCCGCCCAGCAGCCCAAGCAGGUUCUGAAGAUGGAGGUGGCUGUGCUGAAGAAACUGCAAGGAAAGGACCACGUGUGCCGCUUCGUGGGCUGUGGCCGCAACGACCGCUUCAACUACGUGGUGAUGGAGCUGCAGGGUCGGAACCUGGCGGACCUACGGCGGAGCAUGGCCCGUGGCACCUUCACGGUGAGCACCACGCUGCGGCUGGGCCGGCAGAUCCUGGAGGCCAUCGAGAGUAUCCACUCGGUGGGCUUUCUGCACAGAGACAUCAAACCGUCCAACUUUGCCAUGGGCCGGUUCCCCAGCACGUGCCGGACCUGCUAUAUGCUGGACUUUGGCCUGGCACGUCAGUUCACCAACUCUUGUCAAGAAGUUCGGCCGCCUCGCCCUGUGGCCGGGUUCCGGGGGACUGUGCGCUAUGCAUCCGUCAACGCUCACCAGAACAGGGAAAUGGGUCGGCAUGACGAUCUCUGGUCCCUCUUCUACAUGUUAGUAGAGUUCAUAGUCGGCCAGCUGCCUUGGAGGAAGAUCAAGGACAAAGAGCAAGUUGGCAAGCUGAAAGAGACCUACGACCAUCGGCUCAUGCUGAAACAUCUGCCUUUGGAGUUCAGUGUAUUCCUGGACCAUAUCUGUAGCCUAGACUACUUUACUAAACCUGACUAUCAGCUAUUGAUGUCAGUGUUUGAGAACAGCAUGAAGACCUACAAUGUGGUAGAGAACGACCCAUAUGACUGGGAGAGGAGCACGUCGGAUGGGACCUUGACCAUCAACACCACGGCAACCACACCGCAGCACCACACCCGGCUCACGCCAGCGCACAUGGGGAUGGCAAAUGCAUCCUUAGUCCCAGGAGACCUGCAGAGGGAGAACACAGAUGAGGUUCUGCAAGAUGAGCAGCUGAGCGAUGGGGACAACAACUGUCUCCCUGACAAGCAGGUGGGCCUGCCCCUGUGCCCCCAGGAGGCCGACGUAUGGGAGGAACGGGACCGUAACCGCAACCGGAUCCGCCCCAUCGUCUGGAAGGCAGCGACGGAAGAAGAGCAUAGCCAGAACCAAGGCAACCAGAGCCCGUAUGCCGGGCCCAGCCUGGGUUCUCCCGUGCGGGUGAGGUCUGAGGUGGUGCCGUCGGAUCUGGACGCGCCACUGCUUAGGAAACUGCGUAACAUCCACAGCUUCGAGCUGGAGCGGAUGCUGACUCUGGAACCCAAACCCAGCACCGAUCGCUUCCUGGAGACAUGUUUAGGGAAGCCGCAGGAUAGAGACAGUCAGGCUGGGUUGGGUCUGACUGUUCCCGGCACGCGCGGGGAACACGUGUGGCAUUACGACGAGGAGUUCGUGUCAGGGGGGGGCUCCCCCAAGCCUGGCUCUCUGGGCUCACUGGAGCAAGGAGAGGGAGCGGCUAGCAGUGGCUUUGUGGCUGUGAAUCUGAGCUCGGGCCAGCAGGAUGUGGAUUCCCGGGAGUGGGUGGUGAUCGAGCGCGGACGGGACCUCCAGGAUUUUGGGUCCAGUGGGACCGGCCACCCCAACGGCAUCAGGGUCUCCAGCAGCCCCUCAGAGGAGGAGCCAGAAAUAUUACAACCAGGCAAAGACACAUCUAGUGGGGGUAGGGGUAGCAAUGGCUCUGCCCCAGUACCCAUAACCACCUCUAGAGGCGGAGCCAAAGUGGAGAGGCUGGACCUGAGCAUGAUGCACCCUGGGAACCUGCCUGCUGUGACCCCCACUAGCCCAGCGGAGGCCAUGGCUGAGGGCAUCCUCACCCAGCUCCCCACCUCUCCCCGGUCCCUCCCCGAGGAGCUGGUCGCCCGGACCUCCAGCCCCCUGUUCCUCCGCUCCCCCAGCCCACACACCCUCCUGACCACCCUGUCGGACCCUCUGCACCAGCGUGCCGGCAGCCUGCGGCGCAGCCAAUCAGCCGAGCAGCAGCGUUCCCCCCCCGGCCGUAGGAGGCUGCCCGCCUUACCUGCGGCCGUGGCCAGCGCCAAGCUCCCCUCUGUCAUUCGCAUCACUCGGGCUCAGCUGCAGCAGCUGACGGUGCCGCGUCCCUCUGUGCUGUCCUCCCAGUCUGCCUCUGACAGUGUGCCACAGUGCCUCCUGCUGGAAAAACGACACACUGACCUCCAGCCCCUAGACAGCACAGCUGACCUGCACUCCCCCCAAGAGCGCCCACCCACCCAGCCUGGGAGCCCCAGCGACCCCCUUGGGGACAAGCUCUUGAAUGGAGACGCCUUCCAGAAGGCGGGCAGCCCUGUGCUGAGCCUGGCCUCCUCCCCCCGCUCCCCCCGUUCUCCCCGCUCCUCCCGAUCUCCCCGGUCUCCGCAGUCGCCACGCAGCCCCAUCUUUGCCAACGGCCAUCUGUCGCCCCCAGUGGCGCCGGAGCUGAAGGACCCUGAGAGUGACUCUGGGUAUCCUGACCGCUCCACGGAGCCCAAUCCACAAACGCUGGAGGAGGUGGAUCGAGGCGGAGUGGAGAACACCGGGCAGAACCUGUCGCCCCCGCCGCUGACGGCGCGCAGAGACCCCGCCCGGCGGCUGAGUCGCAUUCCCAUCCUGGAGCCGGGCAGCCUGCUGGACUCCCCCCCCCCUGGCUCUGCCAAGGAGAAGCUCCUACAGAAGAAGGCCCACCACCACGGCACUACGCCUUCCUCACCUUCACCCUCUCCAUCCCUUUCCUCCGACAAGCGCCCCCCUGUGGCCACGCUGCCACGGGACCCGCUGUCCUCCACGUCUGACCGUUCCCAAGACGACGAGUCUUACCUGGGGUCCCGCUCUGACCGCCAGGGGGACGACGCCCCUUCUCUCUCCUCCUCAUCCAGUCCGCUGUCCCGCAAAAGCAAGAUCCCGCGGCCCGUGGCCCCCCUGCCGGUGCCGGAGCGUUUUUCUGCCCAGUUCUUCCCCCGCCCCCCCCCAGGGAAGCCCCCCAGCCGGUCUGUUGUCGAUGGCAGGCUACGGCGGUACCGCAUCCGUGCCGGUAGCACCAGUGAUUCUGAUCUCCUCACCUGUCUGGCCCAGCUGAUGCAUAAUGGUUCUCCAGUGCGAGGAUCCUACUACGGCCGCUCGUCACUGCACGGUGGCUUCCGGGGCCCCUACGGUGGGCCGUGCGCUCCCCAGCGCAGCGCCAGUGCCUCCCCGCGCGGCUCCUUCUCCCUCCAGCGCUCCUCCAGCUCCUCCCCCUCCCGACACGAGCUGCGGGGGGGCGGGAUGGGAGGCGGGCCCGGCGGCUGCUUGAGCCGAAGCCGUUCGCCGCCCAGCUUCUCGGGGUCGCCGCCGCUGCGCCGGGCCUACCCUCAGGAGGGCUGCUGUGGCCGGCAGGCGCGCUCAGGGUCCUGCUACAGCCCCCGGGGCAAGAGCUGCAGCCGUGAGGGCAAGUGCCCCAGCAAGCUCAGCAGAUAGUGCCCCCACCGCAGUGCCGUCGAAGCGGAGGAUGGGAACAAUAAUGCUGAUGUCUGUGUUGGGGGGGGGGGACCAUGGCUUUUAUUGAAGCCAGUCUUGAUGGAUGUUAUCAGAACAUUUUAGAGGUUUUCUCACCUUUCUCCUUACAUCACAAAUAAUGACUGCAUCUCUUUCUGCUCUUCCUGUUCUGCUGAUGUCUCCUUUGGCAUUCCUUUGUUUUCUGGGAUUCCUUCAUCUCCUACAUGCUCUUAUUUAAAACCUUGCUUGAGUGAAAGCUUGGUAACACUUUACUUAAAGCACUCAUUUAUAAUGCAUUUUAGAUACCUUCGUAACGCAUUAUAAUGCAUUCAUAAAGUAUUAUACACAUGGCUAUAACUAUUUAUAAAAAGGCAUAACAUAUUAUAGCCAUGUUUAUUGUAUGCUCUAUGAAGCUCUCAUCUUCCUCACCUGACUGGCCCAGCUGAUUCAUAAUGGUUCUCCUGUCCGAGGAAUGUAUAAUUCACUAUAUCUUCAUAAUGCAUUAUAAUGCCUUAUGCUAACCAUUAUAAUGCAUUACGAAGGUGGUAUGAAUGCAUUAUAAUGCAUUAUUUAAGUAUUUAUAAUGCAUUAUGAUGACUGCUUUAAGUAAAGUGUUACCAAAAGUUUUUCUGUUUGCAAACAAAGCUGUAUAUCCUGGCUUCUUGAUCCACAUUUUAUUUAUUAUGCAUACACUAUUUUGUAAGUGACAUACCUGUUUGAGAUAGCAGGGACAGACAGGCUCUGAAGCAAUUUGGGCGUUAAGUAUUGGGCAGCCUCUCCAAAGUGACUCAGAGUGAAGUUCCCCCUAAUAGGGCCUGAGCAUGGGCAGGGCGUCUGGGGUCGCUACCAUACUCACAUGAUAUACUACCAUACUCAUAUGGUAUACUACCAUACUCACUUAAUAUAGAUGCAUAUAUAGGCAUAGAAAUCUGAUUUAGCUCAGACCUCAGUUCUACCGUAGGAUGCAAGUGAAUAUGUAUUUAUUGAACUGUAUGUAUAAUGCAUUGUCAAAUGUAUAAAAACAUUUAGGUAUUUACUGACUGCAUGCUGUACUGGUAGCGUUCAUCACAUUCAGUUAGUCUGCUAAUGUGUUGUCAGGCAGUGAGUGCAUGGGCAUGAGUGACCGGGGGCAGAAAUCCACCUUAAACACCUUGUUUGUAGAUCCCUGCUCCUUGCUUAUGUAGGCAUUUGGACAUUGGACAUCACCUUUAUGUUCUGAGGACCUGUGCAAAGAGGCUGAAGGUAGUUAGGGCUUAUUUUGCCCACUAGGACAGAACUGGGCUCCAUGCUGCUCCCAUGUAAGAAAUAAUGGGGCUUCACUCUGAGUGCUGUGCGGUUUAGAGGCCUUAGAUAUUAGACACAAUGUAUUCCAUGUAAUGAUUCAUAGGUAUCAAAAUAAAAGUCUCUUACAAUAUUUUAUGCAGAAUUUUAUUUACAUGUGUGACUUCUGUCUAGGACAGGGGAAAAGUGGAAUCCAAAUUAUUUGGAGUCUCAGAUCCGCCUUGUGCUGGCGCCUGCCCAGGGUUGGGUCCCGCCUGCGCCCAUUGUUCCCAGGAUAGGUUCUGGUCCCCCCCGCGACCCCAGUUGGGAUUAAGCGGUUUCAGAAAAUGGAAGGAUGGCUGCAGUCUCAGACUUGUUGUAUUGCUUUCAAUUAAAAUGAUCACUGUCGACACAGAGUAAAACUAUUUGUUUGUAGCUGUUUUUCUUUCCAGAGCUAAAGUUUUUUUGGUUCUCUUUGUCCCUAAUUUAAAAAGACCGGAAGACAUUUGAAUACUGACUUCCUUUUGGAAUUACUGCUUUUUUAUCUUUUACUGUAAAUGUGUAAUUUACACUUGAAGCCAUUAAGAAGCUACUGUAAGAGUUUACUUAAGAAACAUCACGUUUAUAAUGAGGUGGAGCUCAAAUGGAAAACACUAAUUUUCAAAGUAGAAUUUUUGUAAAGACUGAUAGUACAACAUGCCAUGUGUUUCAAGGAAAGGCUAAAACCAGAAUUUUGAAGGCCUUAUUAUUGAUUUUCGGAUAAAUAUUAAGUUAAAACAGGGUGGAAAUCUGCUUCCUUUAAGAGAGCUGCAGUUUGGUUUGCAUUGCGAAUGGUGCAGCAUUUGAGUGUUAUGGGCCUCUUACCUGCUCAGAUGUGAUUCUGUUGUACUUGCACUAUAAAGAGGCGUUUUUGCUUUUUCUUCCUUUUUAAUUUUCUUAUUUUAGUCACAUCGAGACAAUUCAUUAGCAAAAUGAUAGUUUUCAGAGAAAUGUCCACCUACUCAUAAACCUGUACCCUGUACAUGUAAGAUACUGUAAUAUAUAUUCUGCUAGUUACUCCUACUCUUUGCAUGCUCUACACAUAAAGAAAAAUAAUACAACAUGCCAGUCUUCAUAUGCUUCAUCCAUUUUGAGUGUAAGUUAGGAAAGCAUUCAUAUAUAUGUAGACACUGUUAUUUUAAGUAACAUAGUUACUUUUAGUUUCUGAUUGGUCAGUUCUUCCAAUCACGUGAUUGAUUAGUAUCUCCCACUACUUUUCCUCCACUUUCUCGCUGUACAUCUCACUCCGCACUUUUCCCCAGUUGUAGCUGUGUCCCUUUCAGGUUUUCCUGUGGUGUGCAUCAAAGCAAAACUCCAGGGCUUGUACUCUGCUUAAAACGGCGAUAGAUUUUGCACUAACCGAAUUCAUGUAUGGUAAACAUUUGGGAUACCUUCAUACCUUAAAAAUACAACGCAAGAAUGAUCAUUUUAUUAGCAUUAAUCCAAUACUGUGUGAAACUUACAUGAACUGAAUAUAAUUCUUUGUAACUUAGAAGUUAGAUUGUAUUAUAUCUAUUGGAAUGAGCUGGACUUUAAGACUUCAAGAGGUGACUCAAAACCAGCAGACCUCUGUGGUUUUUGAGGACUGCAGUUUGCCCUGAGGAUUUGUGUACUGUAGUGGAUAUUGGGUUUUGUAGUCCAUUAUGCAGUUUGCUGCUUUACUCGGCAUUAAACGGUGUAGUGACACAUUUACAGAGAAUGGCAUCGCCUCUGUAAAACAGUUAACAUAUAGUCCCAGUGAGAUGAAAAUGCUUCUUUGAUCUUUUGGUUACUGUGUUCAAAGAACUUUUCCUGGAAAUUUGGAGUGAAAUGUACUACUUCAAUGAGCACUGUGACAUGGUUGUUCUCUGCAACUAUACCAACAAUUCCAGGUUUUCGGAGAUGGUGACAGAAAGGAGUGAAGUACUGGUAGUUUUCUGUCACCUGUAGUCCAACGUCAACAUGGACACAGUUUGAUAGAGUUGUGAAUUGGAAUGUGUUUUAUAUUUAUGAAUAACUAAAUAAGAGUAAUCAUAGUACAACACAGUGCUAAAAGGAAAGGAAAUGUCUGAAAAGGGGAAUUUACAGCAUAUGAUAUUUUAUCUAUUAAAUAUUUCUGGACUGUGUUGUCAGUCACUUGCAUACUUUUACAUAACAACUUGAUUAUUGUUAUUAAUUAAACAGAAACUCGAUUAUGUGUUUCAUUCAGGUCAUAAAAGUAUCCCACCAUCUAUGUAAUAGUUGGGAGUUACAAUGACAUCCCGUUUUAGAAUUUUUUGUAUUUAUAAAGGUUACAUUUCCUCUGAUUUUUCUCUCGAAUUGUGAUCUUAGCAGCCUUAGAUUUUGUAGCUGUAGUCUCUUAAUGAAAAGAAAGGAGUGUACUGUAUGUGUGUGUCACUGAGAAAAUGAAUACCCACUGAAAAAUGUAUUUUUGAAAUCUGAAAGCCUGGUGGUCAAUUUCCAUUGCGUGUUUUUAACCAAAUUCCAUUCAGUCCCAUUCACAAUUGGUAUGAUUCUGAGCACUUUGGCUAUUUGUGCUCUAAACGGCAGGUCUAUAGCCACAGUGUAGUCUGCUUCCUACACAUCUUCACUGGAGACCAUAAUAAUGGUCCACGUUCCAGGCCCAUUUUGGGAGAAAAUACCUCUUGUAUUAUUCUAUUGAUAACAAUUGUAUCUUUUAAUGUAAUAUUUACUAAUGAUCCAUCAGUAUACCUACUGCCUGUAUUAGUUAGACCUGUAUUAAUUUGAUUAAUUUCCUAUAAUGGUAGUAUUGUUUUGAGUCAUGUUACAAUGUUACAAUGAUAAAAUGUAACUGUACAGCUAUAAGGUAGGAAUGUAACAAGCUGAGGAACUACAGUGUACAUAACUGUAAUUAUUUAUGUUUAUUUUUCAUCUGUAUCAUAUCAAUGCCUUGUACAGUGGUUUUGUUUGUUUUCAAAUUAUUUUGUAUUUUAUUUUUAUAAACUGGUUAUAAAUAAAAAUAUUCAUUCCGCAUGCUGA